AUAUCCAGCGAUAAAACAUUCGAUACAUCUAACCCGCACUGCGAGCACAAAGUGCUGAUCAUCGUCGCCCACAUGACUCCACUACCCCUAACAACAAUUCGUCCCGACGAGAGACGCGUAAUUCGUGGAAGCCAACAAAAGCAUCGAACCCCCAAACUCACUGCCACCCCGAUAAGGGCACGGCCGGCGCCUCGCAUCCCCCGUAUCAGCCCCGUCAUCAAUUCGCCACCCCUCGGAUACCGAUACACCCUCUCACCCCGCCAUGGUGGCGGCCGCUAUGAGUGGGUGGCGCGCGCGGCGCCUGCGGACGGGCAACCGCUAGGUCAACCUAGUGGGAUUAUUCCUGACUGGCGGGUCCACGAGGAGAGGAGUCCCCGAGGCGACCAUGGCCGAGGUGAAGAAGGACGACGUAAUCAAGAUUCUGCACACGUAUCCUCUCUGCCGGAAAUGCGACAUGACGGACGAGAUGAAGCAGGAAGCGAUGGAGCUUUGCGUAACGGCAGCGGAAAAAUACGCGGACAACUACGAAUCCGUCUCCCGCAUGAUCAAGGAGACGAUGGAUAAGAGAUUCGGCGCCUCCUGGCACACCGUCGUCGGCGAAGGCUACGGUUUCGAGAUAACCUAUCAACUCAAGCACCUCCUUUACAUGUACUGCGCUGGCAAUCUUGCCAUCUGCAUAUGGAAAUCCGCGUAAGCGGAACAACCUGACCAACUGGUAUAUUUCAAUAAGCCGAAAAUUGACAAACCUAUCAGUAUUGAGACGAUAACUUUUUAUUCGCGUAACGGAUAUUUCUAUAUUGUUAUUGUUUGCAUUUGAAUAUUUUUUUUUAUCCUGUUAAUGAUUACGCAUACUAAUAUGACAAGAAUAGCUUUUAAGAAAUACGUAGAUUCGUAUGAAACUAAAACCAAAUUUGAUGGUUUUUAACUUUAUAACAAGGCCUUGACAUUCUCUAUAUAAUGCAACUUUUAAAAUAGAUAUAAAAAAAAAA